GUGAGCCGUGUUUGGAUACGGCAGAGCGCACUCGCCUGUGUUGUGGUGACACCGGACGGAUAUGCGGCGAUGCUCUUGCGUGUGAACGCGUCUGCGGCGCUCUCUAAGCAGCUACGGGGAGAUUUCGCCUCGGACGAGAGAUUAGGACUCGGAGGAGAAGGGGGAGGAGGAGGAGCGACCGGCAUCAGGGGGAGAACAAAAAACAAAACACGGAAUCUUUUGGUCCGUCGCGUCCGCUCGGUGGUGGCGGCGGCCCGUCGAGUCUCUGAGGAAGCCGGGGGCUGGAUUUGAGUCUCGCAGGGAUGUGCUGAAAGCUUGAUGAUGAAAGGAGGAAGAGGAGGAGAGAGGUGGAGUGAGCCCUCAACGGUGCAGAACUGUUUUUAAUCAGCCCCCUUUUUAAAAAAAAAAUCAGGGACAUCUAUGGUCAGGAGGUGAUGGCAGCGCUGACUGAGCUUCACCACUACUGUUACCCCUUCCCACAGAUGGACACCCGCCACCUGCACGCCUGAGCCUGCACCCAGCACUGUCUCCCCCCCUCUCCUUCUGCCUCUCCUCACUCAUUUCCUACCUCUCCCUCCAGCCACCACUUGCUUUCCGCCCCCCCCCCAUCAGUCCUCCUCCCAUCCCUCCAUCCAAUUUACCCCAUCUGGAUUUUUGCUGUAUCUCUGCGAUCUUACUCUAUUAUGGCGUACUGCGGCCGCUCUCUGGACUCCCCGUGCACGCUGGCCCUGCUGGUGGGCUUCCAGUUUGCCUUUGUCCUCUAUUUCUCCCUCGGGGGCUUCAGGGGCCUGGUAUCCGUCCUGGUGCACACCACUGAGCCGGAGUUUGAUUACUCCCGACCUCACGACGUCUACACCAACCUCAGUCAUCUGGGAGCGCCGCCUCCCCCGCCUCGCAACUCGGGCACUGGACCCCCGGUCACAGGACCGCCGCUGAGAGACUGCCAGAUCCCCUCCCCACUGCUGGUCGGACCCGUGUCUGUCCUGCUUUCCUCUCCUCUGUCUCUGGAGGAGAUCAGACAGAGGAAUCCCUUGGUGUUGCCAGGCGGACGCUACCGUCCUCCAGACUGUGAACCCCGCCAUCACACAGCGAUAGUGGUGCCGUACCGGAACCGGCAGACCCACCUCCGCGCACUGCUCUACCACCUCCACCCCUUCCUGCAGAGACAACAGAUCCACUACAGCAUCUAUAUAGUGCAGCAGUGGGGGAACGGCACCUUCAACCGAGCCAAGCUGCUCAACGUGGGGGUGCGGGAGGCCCUCAGAGAUGAAGACUGGAGCUGUAUCUUCCUGCACGACGUCGACCUGCUGCCCGAGAACGACCACAACACCUACACCUGCCACAAACAGUUCCCCACACACCUGUCUGUGGCAAUGGACAAGUUCAGAUACAGGCUGCCGUACCCGCAGUAUUUUGGUGGCGUGUCUGCAGUGACCCCAGACCAGUACAUGAAGAUGAAUGGUUUCCCCAACCUGUACUGGGGCUGGGGUGGGGAGGAUGAUGACAUCGCUGCCAGAGUGCGUCUCUCUGGCAUGAAGAUUGUGCGUCCCCCAGUGGCCAUUGGUCAUUACAAGAUGAUCAAGCACAAAGGAGACAGAGGCAAUGAGCAGAAUCCACGCAGGUUUGACCUCCUGAAAAGGACCAGACUGAACUGGCGCUCUGACGGCCUCAACUCUCUGGCCUACGAGCUCCUUUCCAAAGAACUGGAGCCUCUCUACACCAACCUCACUGUCAACAUUGGAGAAGACCCCCGCCUGCCGCAGGGGAAGGCACCCAUCCCCGUUAAGGCAACAACCCCCGUCCACCAACGUAGCACCAUCAAGAACGAGGGCACAGCCAAGAAGGAGGAGAAUAGACAACAGGGCAAAGGCUCCGUGGUGGAAAAUAUGACCAAGGUAUUGGGUGAAAAGACAAAACCUGCGCAGUCAAAAGCAGCAAAUCAAACAACACACAAGGAAACUGGUGCGAUGACAUAGGAAGGAGUGUGUGACACAGAGACUGCGUCACAUCUGUAGCAUAAAGUGGCUUCCCUCUUCAUUCUGGAUCUGAAAGACCAUACGGAGGAAUGCAGUAUAGAUCUGCUCUGCUGUGGGACGACAAAUACACCAGCUUUUUGUGCUCAGUGCAGGUUAGCGAUAGUUAUGCAAUGGAUCCAAUGAAGCAGCCACUUUUGUCUACAGGGGUGAAUUCAGGAGGACGACUCUUGGUUCAUCAUCCGAUGAAUGUUACCUGCGACUGUUGCAAAAAUCUGUCAGACUCAUAUCCGGGAAAAGAAUGGUGACCGACUCAGUCACAUCCACAUUGAGGUCCAACUGACGAAAUGAAAAAACUAAAAACACGACAACCAACACACAAAUCUCUGCCCUCUUCUGGACAUCGCAACCCGUACGACACCCGUCUGCUGCCAGCAGACCUGCAGCUUCAUCAAGUCCGCUGCCAAAUAAACUGCCGCUGUCAGUCCGCCCCACUCGUCCAGAGUGGGUUUGUGUUUCUGUGCCUUCUAUCUUUUAUGCGCAUUUUAUAGACUGGUAGAGUUGCUUUUAGAGGCUGACCUGGGGUUAAUUUUAACUCUCCAGAACGCCAGGGAGGUUGAAGCUGAUCCUAGACCAGAACAAAGGAUUUGUUCCAGGACUGCCGUUUUAUAUCUGUGUGCAUCGAUCAAGCGUUGACCAACUCCAUAGUUAUCAGACGAUUCUAGAGUUUAUAUUUAUAUAGAGACUUCUUUAUUUGUUUACUGGUUCGUUUUACUCGUCCUUCCCUACAGUCUGGUGCCUCUCUCUCUCUCUCUCUCUCUCUCUCUCUCUCUCUCUCUCUCUCUCUCUCUCUCUCUCUCUCUCUCUCUUACAUUUAGUUUCUAGACAAUCAAAAGAUAGCUCUGUAGUCCAGUCACAUAACAAAGGGAGGAAAUAUCAUGACUAUCUUUACGCCUGUCAGUUAAACAUAGACUUGGCAUGAUAGCUGUUGUCCUAGUUUGACUAUACUCUUUAUACAUGGAUAGACCCGUGCGUCUGAUAUUACCUGUGCUUUUAUAAUUUUAUCUUUUAGAUACUGUAAGUCAGGUAUGGGGGGGGAGAAAAAAUAUCUAUUGUGGGCGUGUGACUAAACGUUCGCCGGUGUCAAAUUGUGUUUUAAUAACAAACAUGUUCCUAGUUACAAUGAAGCACUGUGUAUAGAUCUGAGCGUGGUACCAGGAGGCCUGGCGUCUUUCAGUGUAGUGUGAAAGAGCUCAGCGCGUCUGAAAGCUAUAAGAUGAGUCUGUUUCCUUUGUCUCUUUUUUUAUCGGUGGAGACGAGACAAGGAAGAUGAAAACUCGUGAAAGUAAUAAUUUUUAUUACAAGGAGGACACCAAAUCAGAACAUGCAUAUAAGGUGGUUUGUGUUAAGAGCUCCAUUAUCAUCUACUCCUGUGAUAUAAAAGCCACUUAAUCGAUCUGUCAUUCAUUCUAUUUAUCAUAUCAGCCAUUCGGGAAUGUGUUAUUUUGAGUGUCCCUCCUCGUUUACGUGUUGUGAAGGGUUUUAUUAUUAGUUCGUGGUCGGGGGCUUGAAUCUGAUCACUGGUAGGAUGUAGAAUCUCUUGCUGCUAUAUGACUCAAGGGGAACUGUACAACUAACUAGCUUGAAAGAUGACAUAUUGUAACAUGGUGUGGAAUUGUUUGCUCAUGCUAUCAUGUAAUGAAUGUAUUUAUUUUAUUUAUUUAUUUAGUGCGUCACUGAUAGAGCUGAAUGCACAGUGAUGUUGCAGUGUGGAUGUGUUUUUUAGGGCUUGAAACACCGUUCUCAAUCAUAGAGCAGAGUAUUACCCAUUUAUACCACAUCCUUACGUCAACUUUGUGCCUCAUGAACUAAUAACCAAGUCCGCAUGACUGAAGCGCUGCAGGCAUACUGCUGGGUGAUGUGUGAGCACCCUCAAGUGGCACAGACUGGUGUUGCUCCAUCUUGGAGAAAGCAAGGACUGAAUGAAACUGCAGUGUUGUGACAUGAAUGUUAAUCGUUAACGUUGGCCAUUCACAGGUUUCAGCCAAUCAAAUGUCUGCACUGCUCUGCGUUUGUGUUGCGUCACACGAUUGAUCCUGCCGACUUAAAGGUGUAGAACAACGCUCUGAUCUUCACUGGUUAAAAAAAGAGAAAUACAUGGCAUGCGUUUUAUGAAUGGAUAUAGUUUUAUAGACGGAAUCUAUGUUUAUUUAUGGAGACAUAUUACCUGUUUCAACAAAGUGCUGUACAAACAGAUUGUCUUUACAGAGUAUAUGAGAAACGAGACAAUAAGACUGAAUUUCUUAGCUUUAUACUACAUAACUAUUGAGUUGCAUAUCAACAGAUAAUAUAUCCUCCAUUCCUCAUAUCGCCUGGGGCAAUGCCUGUAUGACAUGGAGCAGUGAGAAAGCUUUCAAUGGUGUUGUGUAAUCUCAGCAGAUUAAUCAGCAACCUGUGUGCUUACCUAGAGAUUGUUACUAUAUUUAAUAAAUAGGCUAGUUUUUAUAAAGUCUUGCAAGUUUGGGAAAUAAACACUGUGUAGGUUAAUGGACUCAGUAAACAGGAUUGGGACUACAUGUUUUUUAUAUAAUUUAAAAAGCUGAUUUUAUCAUCAUGUUGUCAUUAAAAACAUGUUUGAGAAGUGUAAAUGCGAUUAAAGGGAAUCGGCUGUGUAGAAAUGGGAAGUGUAUGUAUUCCUGGCAAAUAAGACAUGAUUAAUACAUUAUAUCACUUGUAAGGAAGUACUUUACACUGAAUUGUAUUUACCCACUUUAGAAAAACAGAAAAAUGUACUUCAAUUGGUAACACACAAAUUGAUUAAGUUACAAUUGCCCAAUUAAAGUUUACAAAUUAUAUUAACACAAUCGAUAACUUUAAUUAAAAAAACUUAAUAUGUUUAGGUAAACAUACAUUUCAUAAACAAAUUAACUAAGUUUCUUCAACUUAAACAUGUUAACAAGUUAUAUUAACACAAUCAAUAACUUAACUUAAACUUAAUUCAUAUGGGUGAUACCAAUUGAAGUUAUCUUUACGUUGGAAAAGUUUUUUCAGUGUCAUUUGCAUCACCGGUUGAUGCCUCUCAUCAUCUUGGGUUGCCUUAUUUACUGACCUUGUCUGGCAAAUGAAAGAUUGUGUGUCUGUACAUUUGUGCGUGUGUGUGUUGGCGUGUGCAUGGUCAGCAAAAAAGGCAACAGAAGCAGUGAGUUACAGUGGAUGUUACUGUGACAAACAGCAAAUAUGUAUACCAAUAAAAACCCGUUAUCAAAAA